AUGGGUUGUCGUGUCAUAUGUUUCGUAUGUUGUCUGUCUUUGUUGUUCGGCGCCGGAGUUUAUGGCUACCCGGAAGAAGAUUUAGUGACGGGACUGCCCGGACAGCCGGAAGUAUCUUUCCGGCAAUUCUCCGGCUACGUGGACGUCGACGAGAAGGCCGGGAGGAGUUUGUUUUACUACUUCGUUGAAGCUGAGAAAGAUGUUCAUAGGCUUCCGUUAACUCUUUGGCUAAAUGGAGGUCCCGGAUGCUCCUCGAUCGGCGGUGGUGCCUUUACAGAGUUGGGCCCCUUUUUUCCGUCCGGCGACGGCCGUGGUCUUAUAAAAAAUUCCAAAUCGUGGAACAAAGCAUCGAACCUUCUGUUUGUUGAGUCUCCCGCCGGAGUAGGAUGGUCAUACUCGAACACAAGUAGUGAUUACACUUGUGGGGAUAUCAGCACUGCGGAGGAUAUGCUUAUAUUCAUGAAAAAAUGGUAUGAAAAAUUCCAAGAAUUUCUGGACAGACCUUUGUUUCUCACCGGUGAAAGCUAUGCAGGACAUUACAUUCCACAGCUAGCAAGUCUUAUGAUAGACCACAACAAACACUCCAAAGGGCAUCAAUUCAACAUUAAGGGCGUAGCGCUAGGGAAUCCGUUACUGAAGCUUGACAGAGAUGUGCCGGCGGUGACGGAAUUCAUGUGGUCUCACGGAAUGAUUUCCGACGAGAACUAUAACGCCAUUAGGAAUGAAUGCGACUUCGACGAUUACAGCUUCAUCUAUCCGCACAAUGAAUCCGAUUCAUGUAACGCCGCUAUUAACGAAGAGAAUCGCGCCGUUACCGACUACAUCAACGUUUAUGAUGUCAUUGUUGACGUCUGCUAUCCCUCCAUUGUUGAGCAAGAGCUCAGAUUACACAAAGUGGUUACGAAGAUGAGCAUGGGAAUUGACGUGUGCAUGGGGUCAGAGAGGACCUUCUAUUUCAACCUUCCAGAAGUUCAGAAGGCUCUCCAUGCAAAUCGAACGAAUUUACCUUAUGAUUGGAAGACAUGUGCUGACUAUUCUUUGUUGAAGUACAACCAGACAGAUGGCGACGCCAAUGUUGUCCCCCUGCUUAAGAAAUUACUGCAACACAAAAUUCCUCUCUGGAUAUACAGUGGAGAUCAAGAUUCAGUGGUACCGCUAGUGGGGUCAAGAACGAUAGUACGUGAGUUAGCCGCGGACAUGAAAAUGAGCAUCACAGUGCCCUACAGUGCAUGGUUUCACAAGGGCCAAGUGGGAGGGUGGCAGACAGAGUAUGGAAAGUUGUUGACAUUUGCAACAGUGAGAGGGGCAGCUCACAUGGUGCCAUAUGCACAGCCUGGAAGAGCUUUGCAUCUCUUCAGUUCCUUCAUCCGAGGAAGACGACUGCCUAACACUACUUCUAUUCCCAUUGAUCAACAACAAUAUUAUUAUUAAUUAGUGUGGAUACAUGGCACUCUACAUCUCUAUGUCUUAUUCCAAUUAUAUUUAUGUGUGAUCUAUAACA